GAGAGGAGAUAGAAAGAGCAUGCUUUGCAAAACUUGACGUAUCCUCUCUAGUUUACACAAAAGUCCAGGUACAACUGGGAGUGCAAGAUAAAAAAACGCAUUAUAGCACAAGCGUCCCGAAAAGAGAAACAGCACAGAGGAAAAUCAGACGCAUGAUAUUACUCUAAAUAUCAAUUUAUAAAAAACUGUGCGAUGGCUCCGUCACUCUCGCAGGCCUACAGGAGGCGCUGGUGGAUGGCUAUCACGGCAGUCGUAGAGAACCUGCUCUUCUCUGCGGUGUUGCUGGGAUGGGGUUCCCUCCUAAUCAUGCUGAAGAACGAAGGCUUCUACUCACACCUAUGUACAGAGAAUGAAACGGAGAGUCACACAAAUGUAAGCUUGACUGAAAGGUCGCAUUGGCUGAGCUGUAUUGAGCAGGAGGAGAUUCUGAAUCUGGGCUUUACGAUUGGCUCGUUCAUCAUCAGCGCGGCCACUCUGCCUUUAGGAGUCCUGAUGGACAAAUUUGGGCCACGUCCGCUCAGAUUGCUUGGCAGUUCCUGUUUUGCAUUCUCCAUGGCUUUAAUUGCUCUUGCAGCAUACGAUCCUACAGUGUUAUCAGCUCUCAUAUUCAUUGCCGUCUCUAUGAAUGGGUUUGGAGGGAUCUGUUUAACCUUCACUUCACUGACAUUGCCGAAUAUGUUUGGAAAUGUGCGAUCGACGAUUCUCUCACUUAUGAUUGGCUCGUACGCGUCCUCUGCUGUAACCUUCCCAGGAGUUAAGCUGAUAUAUGACCUAGGUGUGUCAUUUUGUACGAUUUUCUGGGUAUGGGCGGCCUUUGCCUGUCUCGUCUUCGUCAACUGCUUUGUCAACUGGCCAGCAGAAUCUUUUCCUGCACCCGAGGACCUCAGAUACACUAAAAGGGUGACGUGGAGAGGUCAAAUGGUGGACCAUAAGAUGACUGGAGAUCGCUCUUACAGUCACGUGAUUACCGAAGAACAGGAAGUGACCAAAAAACAGCCUUCAAAUGAUGAAGCGUACCACAGUGGAACAGCAUCGCAGACUCAGGGAUCUCCUCCUUUCAGACGUUCCGUGUGCUCCCCAAUCUUCCUGUGGAGUCUCAUCAUCAUGCCGAUGGCCCAGCUUCGUAUCAUAUUUUUCAUGGGUGCCAUGAAUAAGAUGUUGGAGUUCCUGGUUACCCAUGGUGACCCUGACCCCUCUGAGGAGUUGAUAAACGAGGCAGAGGAGCAAGUGGGUUUCUACUCGUCCAUCUUCGGCACUCUUCAGUUGCUCUGUCUGGUGAGCUGUCCUCUCAUUGGCUACAUUAUGGACUGGAGAAUGAAGGAGUGUGAGGAUGUGGUGAAUCCAGCAGAUGGAGCUAUAAGUCAGUCUGGGCCUCCGAAGAGGGACAGAAAGAUCCAAAAACUCACCAAUGCCAUCAGAGCUUUCAGCUUUACUAACCUGCUGCUGGUCGUGUUCGGUAUCAUCUCCCUCAUAGAUAACCUACCCAUACAGGUGGUGUCUUUUAUUUUGCACACUGCAGUCAGAGGUUUUAUUCACUCGUGCUGUGGCGGCCUCUAUGCUGCUGUCUACCCAACCAAUCACUUUGGCACUCUGACUGGGCUUCAGUCCAUGAUCAGUGCAGUGUUUGCCCUUCUACAACAACCACUCUUCAUCCUAAUGUUGGGACCAUUGAAGGGUGAUCCUUACUGGAUCAACUUUGCUCUGCUUUUGUUCUCUUUGGUUGGAUUCCUUCUGCCGGGAUAUCUCAUCUACCAUAGAAGACAACUCAUAAAGGAGAAGGCGGUGCGGGAUAAUCUAUCAGCACAGGAGAGCGUCAGUCUCAACCAAACAAAUGAUUCCUCAAAAUAUCAAAACGGAAAUAUCUGAGGUUACUAAAAGUUGAGAUGCGAGUGAAUUAUGACAGAAAUACUCUGAUUAUGACAAUUUUUGUUUCACGGCACUUCGAAAACUGAAAAAUUGGGGUUCCUGUUCGGCUUGGACAAAUAUAAAAUGUUUUAAAAACAAUCAAAUAUGCCAUUUUAAAGUAGUCAGUCGAGACUAUAACUAAACAGUGUAGUUUUUUAAGCUCUACAGAUGCCUUUUGUUUUGUAGAGCAAAAUAACUGACAGACAAAAGUGGGUAAACCUCUCAGUGUUUCUUUUAGUGUUUGCCACACUGAGCACUUUGUUGGUUAAAGAAAGUAAUUUUUCUUUAAAGUCUCACCAUUAUCAGAAACACAUUUGCAGUACCAAAAGAAACCUACAGUAUUAUUGCUACUUGCCUGGCUGACAGUGAUUUACCCUAGAGUCUGUAGUUGUCUUUGUCUUUGCUAAAAUAUUUUCUUUAUACAGAAUUACACCAAUACUGAAGUGUUCAUGAAAAUGAAUCUCGUAAAUGUAAUGAGAUUCACAAAAAUAUAUCAAAUUCACAAAUAAAUAGAUUAAGAUCAUUUAUUUACAUUUAUUUGUGGAUCUUAAUCUAUUUAUUUGUGAAUUUAUAUAAUUUUGUAAAUCUCAUUACAUUUAUUUGUGAAUAUUAAUCUAUUUAUUUGUAAUUUUACAACAAUAAUGUCCCCACACUGCAAAAA